AUGUUAACGAUUGUUACCAACAAUAGAUAUAUAAUAAAGAAAUAUGAUAAGCCUUAUUUGAUUAAUUCAGAUCGGCCUAUGAUGAAUACUAAAUACAGGAUUUCAAAAUACUUGACAAGUGUAUUUUGUGGGUUACCUAUUGACAUAGAAACUAGAAACAAGUAUUUUUUAAGAAUACGUCAAUUAUUAUUGGAUAAACUUGUAGUUAUUGAAAAUAGAUUAAUGAAACAAGAAAAGAACAGGCAAACUACAACUUAUAUUAAAUUUAGUCAUGGUAAACGAACAUGGUAUUUGGGGUUCUAUAUCCCAUGCUUGUUUUGUAGUAACGUCUGUGCUUACGUGAUGUCAAGAAAUAGAAAAGUUUGUCAAAAUUGUCGUUCAGAGGUGAUAGUAACUCCUACACCUCCGCCGCAAAAUGUGUUUAAGGAUUUUAGUAAAAUUAAACAAGUAAUAAGUAAACGCGUAGGCGUGUCUUAUACAAAAAAAGUUUCAAUGGAUGGUGGAGCACGUAAAUAUGCAGUUACGUAUUCAAAUUCACGGAUAAACAAGCAAUUUAAGACACCGAAAGAACAAGAGAAGUAUAAAAAGAGGUUUAAAAACAACCUCAAGAGUAAUAAGAAUAAAUGGCAGGUUACAAAUAAUGGAAUUGAAUCAAAAGUACUCAUUUCCAAACAUAAGUUGAAACGUAGAGGUGAUAUCCUUAAGAAACAGUACAUAUCAGAAAAAGAAAUGGAGUUUCUGGUAGAUCAAGUUACGAGUAAAGUUGGAUACAAAAUGUUAAUAGAUGAUAUUUUUAUGAACUAUUCUUUUAACAAAAAGCAUUUUUUUGAAUUAAGAAAGAAAAAAGACACUUCUUUUGAACGAAACGAUGCUAAGUUAGCAGAACAGCCGAGUAGUGCUGGAUUUUGGAGAGGUUUUGGCAAGCAACCUUAUCAGUAUGCAAUUAAAGCUCGUAAAUUAGAGCAAGUAAAGGAAGAAAAGCAGUGCGGUAUUAGCGGUAAAGAUAAAAAAGCUAAGUCACAUAGUAAUCGCACUGAAGUGGGUGUUAAAAAUGUUGGCUGUAAGAUGUUAGAAAGUAAUUGGAAUAAAUGGAAUGAUUUGGCAUUCCAUCGAGGCAGUCAUUGGGCAAAUUUUUAGGUAGAUCAUGACAGUCACCUUUGAAUUUGAGGUCGCAUCAUUGUUUUUAAUAAUGAUGUGAUCGUUUAGGUGACAGGUCGACUUGUUCUUUUUGAAAAGUAGUCUUGUUUCAUAAUGCUUAAUUCUUAUAUGUAUUUUUUUUUUUUAUCUUAUAUUUUGUAAGUUUAUAUAUGUAAGUAAGCAUGAUUAUAAUAGGACAUGAUCGCAUCU